AUGAUGGUAUCGAUCGUCGGAAUUCUACUGAUUGAUGACUACUUCGGGACAGUAAAAAAACUGGUGUUUAAUAGGAGUUCAGGACAUCGUCGAAAAUUUGCGAAUUCGGUCCGUGGUGCGCUCUGUUGUACGGAUAACGGGCCUGAUGUGGAAGCAUGCGCGGUGUGCUGCGAUGAUACGUUUGUCGUUGCUUGCGAAGAGUUCGAAGCUGCAUCGCUUCGAAAUUUCACUGGAAUGUGCAUAAAUUUGAAGAUGCUGUCAACACUUGCAAAAUCAGCCAUCAGACCUUCACUGCCAAAAACUGUCAGAUUCGCUGCUGUAGCCAGCGCUGCCGCAAAGUCUGAAAGGAAGGAUGCAAAAGCACCACCGGAGACAAAUUCGUUCUGUAUGAAUCUGUUCCGUGGUCGUGCCGUGAUCGAUCAAGUAUUCCCUUAUCCAUUGACGCUUGACGAAGAUCAUCGUGAAACACUACAUCUGAUUGUUGGUCCUGUGGAGAAAUUCCUUGAAGAAGUUAACGACGUCGCGAAAAACGACGAGAAGAUGGAAAUUUCGAAAGACGUGCUGAAACAAUUCGCCGAACUUGGCGCCUUAGGAGCGGUGGUGCCACCGGAAUACGAGGGAGCUGGCAUGAACAAUAGUCAGUUGGCUAGACUGGCUGAAAUUGUUGGCGCUCAUGAUCUUGGACUUGGUGUAGUGAUGGGAGCGCAUCAGUCGAUUGGAUACAAAGGGAUUUUGCUAUAUGGAACUGAAGCACAAAAGGAGAAAUAUUUGCCAGAUUUAGCCACUGGGCGCAAAUUUGCCGCCUUUUGCCUCACUGAGCCCAGCAGCGGUUCUGAUGCUAAUUCCAUCCGCAGUCGCGCUGUGAAGAGUCCUGAUGGAAAACAUUACAUUCUCAACGGCGGUAAAAUCUGGAUCAGUAAUGGUGGAUUUGCAGACAUAUUCACAGUAUUUGCUCAGACUCCCAUAACGAUGCCGGAUGGUUCCACAAAAGACAAAGUGUCUGCUUUUAUUGUGGAGCGCAGUUUUGGAGGGGUCACUAGCGGACCACAGGAGAAGAAAAUGGGUAUAAAGGGAUCUAACACCACAGAAGUGCACUUCGACAACGUGAAAAUUCCUGCGGAAAACCUUCUUGGAGUAGAAGGUGAAGGGUUCAAAGUAGCAAUGAACAUCCUAAACAAUGGUCGUUUCUCAAUUCCAGCAGCCUGUACUGGUGCGAUGAAGUACUGCAUUCAGAAAACGGUGGAUCAUAUCACACAACGUGUUCAGUUCGGCCAAACUUUGCAAGAAUUCUUCAAUGUUCAGGAGAAACUUACGAAUAUGAUUGCUCGUCAUUAUGCGACAGAAUCGAUUGUGUAUCUUCUCUCAUCGAAUAUGGAUCGGGGAAUUCAGGAUUAUCAGUUAGAGGCUGCUAUUGGAAAGGUGGCUGCAUCGGAAAAUGCUUGGUGGGUUUGUGACGAGGCUAUUCAACUCCACGGAGGCAUGGGCUUCAUGGCAGAGACUGGUUUGGAACGAGUGAUGAGAGAUCUUCGAAUCUUCAGAAUCUUCGAAGGUGCGAAUGAUGUGAUGCGACUCUUUGUUGCCCUUACUGGUGCACAGCAUGCCGGCAAACAUCUGCAACAAGUCGCCAAAGAGAUCAAAUCCGGUGGAAUUGGGACUCUAUUUGGGCAGGUGGUAAAGAGAGCAACCGGCGGAAGUACGGGCGCAAACUUCGAAUCAGUUGUGGAUCCUGCACUCGUUGAAUCGGCUAAAGAGCUGGACUCUUGCAUCAAAGAAUUUGGAAAGACCGUCGAGAACCUUCUGAUCAAAUACAAGAAAGGAAUUAUUGACCGACAGUACGAGCUAAUUCGUGUUGCCGAUGCUGCUAUCGACAUAUACAGCAUGAUCGCUACGCUUUCCAGAUGCACGAAUUCUUGCAAGAAGAAUGCAGCCAGCGCCGCACAUGAGAAAGAAAUUGCAACCUUCUUCUGUAGUGUGGCAUCACGUCGUACCAUGAGGAAUCUUAAAGAAGCUGCUGGUUCGAAUGAAAAUGAUAUCAAACUUGUUGCUUCUAUUGCGAAAACAGUAUGCAAAAACGGUGGCAUGACACAACAGCAUCCCGUAGAUGUUUGA